AUGUCUCACAGAAACAAAAGACAAAAAGUUGAUAGCUCGCUCAUCGAUGAAGAAUUAAUGAGUCAGACCCAUGAUCUAAAUCAAUUAACAAACUCUCAGUUCGUACCCCAGCAAGCCGACUCGUCCCUCAUCCCUAAGUACAACGCAGAUCUCUCUGGUCUACAUAUUCCCAAUUAUCCACAGGCACAGCAAGGACCUCAAUCUCGAAAGAUAACUUUAAAGCAAGAAUCUGAUGCUGAAACCCAAAGGAUAGUGAACGAAACUAUGGUCGCCCAGGCAGCCCAAGCUGCUGUCGCUCAACAUCAGCAGCAUGCACAACAGUACUUUACUCAGUCUCAUGGGCAACCCCAGUUUGACUACCAGCAGACCCAGCAGUCUCAGUCGCAGCAAUAUCAUCUCCCACCUCCUCCGCAAGUUCCUCAGAGUCAAUCGUACCAUAUUCCUCAGGUGACUGGUCAACAGAUAUCUCACUCAGGUGAUUACCAACAGGUUUCGAACCGCCAUAUGAAUCCAUCGGUGAGUAUCUCAGACAAUAGUGAUCCUAGUGAUUAUCUCGUGACGCCUAUGAUGGAGGAGCAGGUGUUUGAUAAUGUCAACGUGUUGAAAGAGUUUGUUAAGGAGUUUGGUAAGAAGAACGAGUUCGGUAUUGCUAUCGCGCACUCUAAUAAUAAGGCUAUAUACUUCACAUGUGAGCUAGGAGGUUCUUACAGAGAGAAGAGGAGUAAGAAGCAUCAAGCUGGCCAGCGGUUUAACGAAGCCAACGACUUGCAGUCUCAAUAUGAAUCCAAAAAGAUUGGAACCAAAAAGAUCAGAUGUCCUUUCGCGAUGGUGGCUAACUUCUCUAAGAAAAAGAACUAUUGGACUUUGAAGAUUACGGAGAACAAGCACAACCAUGCCAAGCUAAACCCUCUAGAAGAUUUCCCUAUGUUGAGAAAACGCUCCAACAGAGUGAAUUCUACCAUCAAGGAUCUAUACUCAACGGGUGAUAAGCCUUCCGUUAUUCACCAAAAGCUCACGGCAAUUUUCAGUGAUAUUGUCAUCAAGAGAGAAGACAUAUACAAUGAGAUCAGAAUAUUGAAAAAGAAGGGAAUGGUGCCCACGAACUCGGAAAUCAAAAGUCGUAAGGUGGCAGACGAAGAUUUGGCAGUUGAACAGCAGUUUCACCAAUCCCAACAACCUAUGUUGCAAGCGCAUGGCCACAGUGGGCAGUCUCAUGAGAGUCUUGGAUGGCCUCAGGGGUAUCCCACUAUUGAUGCGGACAAUAAAAAGGAAGUCGAGCAGCAGGCAGCAGCAGCCGUUGCUGCAGUUCAAGCUUUGAAGGACCAACCACAGCACUACCCGUCAUACCCUCAACACUAUGGCUCUCAGCAAGCUUCAUCAUCAGUGCAGCACUACCCUACUCAACAGCAAGGAUCGCAGACGCAAGCUUCAUACCAAUACCCGACAGCACAGUACUAUGGUAAUUCCCCUCAGAAAGAAGAGCAUUUCAAUAUCGAUGAGCGACUACUUGGAGGAAAUUAG